AUGAAUAAUGUUUCUUCAUUACGUAUUGGUUUUAUUUCUAAUGCAACAUUUAUCGCAAGAUUUAUUGAUCAAACAUUAUCGAACAUAAGUUGUAUGCAAUGUACAUGUACUGCUUUAAUCAAUUCAGCCAUUGCAUGGAAUUGUAUCACAAUUAAUAAUACAUGUCAAUUAAUCAAAAACUAUUCUUUAACUGAUAUAGGAAUAAUGACAAAUAAUUAUGGAAUUUUUUUCUUUCAACAAUUUCCAUUUCAACUAACAACUAAUCAAACAAACGAAGAGACCACGAACUCAAUUGACAUAAUCGCGAUCACUGAAACAAUCCCAUUUUCAACAACAAUUGAGACACUUAGUCGUCUGACACAUCCAAAUGAUGCUAUUUUUGGAAUUUGUGAUACAAUUGUUGGCGGAGACAGUACACCAAGUGAUAUAUCUGGUAGCAACCAGUGCAAUUUCUAUCCGGGUGAAAUGCCCGCAAAUGCGAUUGAUAAUGAUGAAUUAACAAAAUAUACUAAUUUUGGAAAUGGUACAAUUUCUACAUCGAGUGAAACACAAGGAUGCUAUACAGGAUUCUAUGUGACACUAUCAAAUAGUCGGUCUGUACUUAAAGGAGUUCAAUUUCGAACAGGAAAUGAUAAUCCAAAUAGAGAUCCAAUAACAAUCACGAUAGAAGGAACUAAUUCAACUUUAUUAACCAUAGGAAAUAGUUGGAUUUUGAUUUAUUCCGGAUCUAGUGGUCUUGAUAAUGAUCCAGGACGAUAUGAAUUAGGUGUACAACAAACAUUUAAUAAUACAAUUGCUUAUACAAGUUAUCGAUUAUUAGUAACAACUAAAAGAGCAGCAGGAGUAGCUGUUCAAUAUUCUGAAGCUUUUUUAUUUGGAUAG